UUCUCUCACUAAUGUGAACUGCUUCUUCAUAUGUGUUCUAUCUUUUUCCUUUGGCUGUUUCUCUCUCUAAACUGUGUUUUUUAUCUCACCGAAAUUCCUAUAUUUCGCCUUAUUUUCCCUCUGUUUUGCUUACGAAAAUCCGACAUACGUAUCCAGCGAUGCAUGACCUUCCGAUCCAUUGCAAUUUCGGUCCUUAAUGCUUCGGUUUGCGACCUUAGUUUGACCCCUGUUUGAUUCACUGAGUUGGGCAAUCAUUUUAGUUCAGAAAAAAAGAGAAAGAAACAUGCUGGAGGCAAUGGAGACUUCCGUCAAUGGCGAUGGUUUCUCCCAGUUACAGAGCUAUGGAGACAGUAGCGAAGAAGAGCUGUCGGUAUUACCCCGUCAUACUAAGGUGGUCGUGACUGGCAAUAACCGUACUAAAUCGGUGCUCGUUGGUCUGCAAGGCGUGGUCAAGAAGGCUGUUGGACUUGGCGGGUGGCAUUGGCUGGUUCUUACCAAUGGCAUAGAAGUAAAACUACAGAGAAAUGCCCUCAGUGUGAUCGAAGCUCCUACUGGUAAUGAAGAAGACGAUGACAUCGAAUUUGAAAACGUGCAAUGGAAUGGAUCAGACAUGGCAUCUGAUGACACUCAAAAGUCCCACAGAUCAAGGCAUAGAGCGCAUAAAUCGUCUGGGUCUUGUCACAAGACGAUGAGUAGGUCUCUUUCUUGUGACUCGCAGUUGAAAGGGACUGUUUCUGCAUCCCGUGGAUCCAUGAAAGUUGACCUCAGCAAACUAGAGAUUGCUGCUUUAUGGAGAUAUUGGCGACACUUCAAUCUUGUAGAUACUAUUCCCAAUCCAUCAAAAGAGCAACUAGUUGAUGUUGUUCAAAGGCAUUUCAUGUCGCAGCAAAUGGAUGAGCUGCAGGUAAUUGUGGGAUUUGUUCACGCAGCUAAGAGAUUGAAGACGGUUUGUAAAUGAGCUGGAGCAUGAUGAUGGGAUUCAGAUGCCUCUGAGUUUGGUUGUCAACAUCCCAAAGCCGCUAACAGAAAUGCAGGUAUCCUAAUGAUGUGUUCUGUUGUUGGUGAUAACCGUAAUGUAUUUGUUGCUUGUUAAUCAUUUCGGGUAUCUCUGUCAAGUAGGUUUAGUAAUUCACCGAGUUAUAGAGGUUCUUCCAUUUUGGUAGACCGUAGACAAGUUUGUGUAGAUAUUUGAUUCCAAAACUUGGUUACAAUACAAGACCUCUUUCCUUUCUAAA